CAAACAAGGUCAUUGACUGAGUUUUGUGCUUUGGACCCAAAUUUGCGCUACGAGACCGCCAUGAGACGGACACACGGAGGCAGUGGUAGACACCACGACCGCCGUUACGUCCGCCGUGGCGGUGGGAUUGCGAAUCCAGUUAACGAUCAUCUAGUAACGGACCAUCAACAAGAAGACACGACUGCUACGGAUCUGUCGUCUCCGUCUACUUCUCAGCCAUUACAAAACCUCGAUUAUCAUACAAAACCUCACCGGAGUCCUCGGAGUCGGCGCGGCGGCCGUGAAUCAAAUUCAAAACCUCGUCCUGUUGAGGUGGCUUUUGCUGAAACCGAUGUUGUAGAUUGCUUAGCUGAUGAUUUGAGUAGCUUAAAGCUGAAACAGAAUUCGAAUUCAGAUUCGUUGAGUGUGAGUUCGAUUACGAAGGAUAAGAAUCAUCUCAGUUGUGUUGAUCAUUCGAAUUCUGAGGAAUCGGUGGCGCAGAGAGCUGAAAGUGAAGAAAUUGGUGAUGCUGGUGAUGAGUAUGAGACGAAUGAAGAUAUUAUGUUGACUAUUCUGAAGGAUUUGAGAUGUAGCGUCAGUGAGCCAGAGCUAACAGAGGAGCAACUAAAGAUGAAUGAUCAAUUACAGGAAGAUGAGCUUUUGGCACUGGGGUAUAUCUAUGGAGGCAACAUGUUCAUCUUUGAUCGGCAUAAAGAUAUGAGAUACUUUCAGGUUCAUGUAAACGUUGAAGCUACUAGUGAAUAUACCAUCUCUACGAAGCUUAACUUACAAUCUGAGUCAGAGGAUUUCUUGUACUCUUUCAAGGCACAGCAUCUUCCGCCGAUUGUGUUGACAUGUUUGUUACCAAAUGCAUAUCCGAGCCACUUACCGCCUUAUUUCUUGAUAAGUGUUCAAUGGAUGAACCCUGAUAAGAUUUCAAGUCUCUGCUCCAUGCUGGACUCUAUAUGGAGUGAGCAGCCAGGGCAAGAAGUUUUGUACCAAUGGACAGACUGGCUACAGAACUCUUCAAUUUCUCAUCUUGGCUUUGAUGAUGAGAUUGUUCUUGGUCCUUAUGGGGUUUCAUGUUCUAGAGAUAAGCGUGCUGUGUCUGGAAGUCGUUCUCCGGAUUCAGAUAUUCCUUAUAUUAGGAGUUAUGAUGAUGAGAAACGUCAUGAUAGCUUCCUUCAGAGCUUGCAUGAAUGUUCUAUAUGUUUCUCUGAAUCUGCAGGUAUUGACUUUGUCAAGUUACCAUGCGAGCAUUUCUUUUGUUUGAAAUGUAUGAAGACAUAUACAGACAUACAUGUCUCUGAAGGCACAGUGAACAAGCUUAAGUGUCCUGAAUCGAAGUGUGGAGAAAUUGUUCCGCCAGGUAUAUUGAAGAGAUUGCUGGGCGAUGAAGCAUAUGAACGCUGGGAAACUCUUAUGUUACAGAAAACAUUGGAAUCCAUGACUGACGUAGCUUACUGUCCUAGAUGUGAAACCCCUUGUAUAGAGGAUGAGGAGCAGCUUGCUUUAUGCUUCAAAUGCUACUUUAGUUUCUGUACACUUUGUAAAGAAAAGAGACAUGUGGGUGUGGCUUGCAUGAGCCCGGAACUUAGGCUUCAAAUCUUGCAGGAGCGUCAGGGUUCUUCUCGUCUUGGAGAGGAACAAAGGCGGAAAGAAAAAGAAAUGAUCAAUGAGAUUAUGAGUGUGAAGACAAUCUUGAAAAGCGCUAAACAAUGCCCAUCUUGCAAAAUAGCCAUCUCAAGAACCGGAGGUUGUAACAAAAUGGUCUGCAAUAACUGUGGCCAAUACUUUUGUUACCGUUGCAACAAAGCUAUAAGUGGCUAUGAACAUUUCCGCGAGGGAACUUGUGAUCUGUUCCCACAAGAGGCGAUCCAAGAAUGGAAUGAGAGGAUCAAUGAACGACAACUCAUUGGACAGAUUCAAGCUCAAAUGUUUGCACAACACGGUCAGUUUCCACAGCGCGGCCAGUUAUGUCCUAAUUGCCGCCAGUUCAAUGCAAAGGCUGGAAACAACAACCACUUGUUUUGCUGGUCAUGUCAAGCUCACUUUUGCUAUCUUUGUAAGAAAGUGGUGAAGAAAUCUGCUCAGCAUUAUGGACCAAAGGGUUGCAAGCAACACACAGAUGGGUAAAGGCAUGUCUGCAAAGAUCGAACACAAAAUUUCUGUUUUUCUUUUUUAGAGGGUGUCAUUUGUUUCAGAGGUCCAAACUCCAAAGAAACAUUGAUAAGUUUGAUUUAUUUUCUUCGAUUGUGGUUUCAAUAUAUAUAUAUUAUUCUCUGUCAAUAUUGUGUCUUAGAAUUUGCUUAUGGUUCAGUAAAAACGUUGAUGGGUUUGGUUCAUUGUUUGAAGAUAAAGAUAACUCAAUUGUUCAUA